GGAUUUUAAAGUUAUCGUACCCGUUUUCUGUAUCUGGUUUAUUUAACAGUUCAAGGCAAACUUCCAGAAGCCUAUGUGAAGUAAAACAUAUUUAAGUCCUCAUUAUUUUGUUUCUUGCGUUUUGUGGUCGUGAAUGAUUGUUCGUGUUUUGUUUGAUUUUAAAAAUGUAUUAUAUUCCACGCGGAGGAAAUAGGGGAGGAGCUGACCAGUUCAGUUGGAGCGGUGUGAAGACAGAUAAAGAUAGAGAAUAUUACUUGGGUCACUCCUUGAAGGCACCUGUGGGCCGUUGGCAAGAUGGGCGUGAUCUGCAGUGGUUCAACAAAUCCAGGAAAGAGGGAGACAGUUUGGCUGACGAACGGAGAGCCAUCAAGCAGGCCGAGGAAGAAGCAAUGAUGGCUGCUCUUGGUCAGAAGGUUGUCAAAAGUCCUUCUAAUGCAGUAUCAUCAACACAGCAGGAUCUCAAUCCAGCAGUAUCAGCACCAUCAGGGAAAAGAAGGGAAGACAAACGGAAGAAACGAAGCAAAAGGUCGCAUGAUGUCAAGAGUAAAAAGAAACGCAAAAAGGAGAAAGCAAAGAAAGGAAAGAAGAAAUCUAGAUCUCACAAGCGAAGUCACCGGCACUCCAGUUCCGACUCGAGCUCCGAGUCUAGUUCAUCCGACUCAUCCAGUUCAGAUGAAUCCGAAGAAGAGAUGACCAAACACAGACGAAAACACCGCCCGAGACCUACAGACGAAGAUGAAACGUGGAAAAAUGAAAUAUCGAGAGAUUCCAAAAAACACAGAGUUAUCGAGACAGCCGGCCGAAGGACUAAACAUCACGACUCCUCAACGUACGACAGGGGAAGUCAUAGACACAGUGACACUCCCCCAGAGAAACAUCGUGAUAGAGAUACGAAUAGACAGCGGGGGUCUGACUCCCUGUCCAAGAGAAGACGGCCAUCAGAUUCUUAUCACCACGCCAAACGUGACACUGAAUCAUCUUACAGCCGCAGGGAGAGGGGUAAACAUUCCCCAAGGCGGUAGGGGUGAUCGACACACAUUAAAAAGGAUCCUCAAAACAAAUGGGUUAGCUUUAGCAACAACAAAAAAAAACCGACAUCACCGCACUCGCGCAAAGUGGGUCCACACGAGCUUAGUACAUUUGCGAAGAAGGAUGGGUAAAUAAAUGACUAUCGGAAGGUAUGUCGGAACGUGCGUGUAGUUGAUAUAGACAAAAAGUAUACUGAUUGCUUAGGUAAACAUAGAUCAAAAGAUACAUACACAUGAACGUGCUUCUACAUACAGCAUUCAACCGUAGAGAAAAAAGCCAUACUUUCAAUCAGGCCUGAACAUUGUACCAUCCAUGUUCAAUUAAUAUUUUCCGCUCCCUCUGCAGCGGGACCAGUCUGAUCCUUGGCGCUGGAUAUCCUAUGAUGAACCGAGCCCACGUUCAGGAGUCCAUGGCGCUAGCACAAGUUCAUUGUUGAAGUUAGGAUUUGAAGGUUUGCGCGGUGAAGGAAGCAAUAAUAAUAAAGAUCUACGAUAGCACCAUGUGACAAAUCUCUUGUAUGAGUUUGUGAGGUUAUGAAAAGAACCGGGAAACUCAACGUUUCGCACAGUAGGCUCUGCCCCUCGACAGGAGAAUGGAGGGAUUCCAAAGAUGAAGGGAGGUUAGGUAGUGUGACUUUAUCUUAAAGAUUUUCUGCCGGAAGACUUUUUGCAAAGGUUGGAACAGCACGCAGUGGUUGCUUGUGAAGACAGUGACGUCAUUGCAUGUAGAUGUGAUCAACUUUCGUGUCGGUUAAACGAGGUGAAUCGAAAACUCGAAUUCCUUUUCUUUUUCUGAAAACUUUGGGUAGAGUUUGUAGCCCUGUGCCAUGCCUUAUGGGCGAAGUCUUUUGGAGUCUUGUGGUUGGUCUAUAACGAGCAUUAUUAUCCAUAUUAUGACGUUAGUAAGCUAGACUGCGCAGACUUGCGAAUGAAGUGUUUCCAGAUGUCUGCGUUGAGUUUGUGUAUUGUUUGCGUUGCUAACUGCGUUUCUUACCUCGAUAUGGAAACUAGGCGUUACAAGUUUGAUAAAAUUGCAUGUACUACCUUCAUGAUCAUCCACGAAAUACGUGGUGGCUGUAUGUUAAGUGUAUAAUAAAUUGCAAUUUCAUGACUUCUAUUAAUCUAUAUA